AUGGACGGCCCCGAUCAGAUCGGGCCUGAUACCAGCCCCAAACGAACAAUCGCAGAUCGGUUCCGACGAGUCGGACGGUCGGUAACCACCAAGGAGGGCCUCAUCGGUGACUAUGACUAUGCCAUGCUCUUCAAACCACGUCUCCCAUUCAUGAAAAAAACCCGCUCGUCAACUCCAUUUUUCGGCCUCCACGACAAAAUUCCUCUUGUCCUCGCGAUACUGCUCGGUCUCCAGCAUGCCCUGGCUAUGCUUGCAGGCGUCAUUACUCCGCCCAUAAUUGUCAGCGGAGCCGCCGGUUUCGAUACUUCCACUUCGCAAUACCUCGUCUCCUCAUCGUUGAUCGUCUCAGGUAUUCUGUCGGCCAUUCAAAUCACCCGACUCAAGAUCCGCGGAACACCCUACUACAUCGGAACCGGUCUGAUUUCGGUUGCUGGUACAUCAUUCUCGACAUUGACCAUUGCCAACAAUGCAUUGACUCAAAUGUACAACUCUGGAUAUUGCCCCAUCGACCCCGAGACAGGCGCAAAGCUCGCUUGCCCUCAGGGCUACGGCGCUAUUUUGGGCACAUCUUGUCUCUGCUCUCUACUCGAAAUUGGUCUAUCGUUCGUCCCGAUCGAUGUCAUCAAACGCAUUUUCCCUCCUUUGGUGACUGGUCCCACCGUCAUGCUGAUCGGUGUCAGUCUGAUUGAGAGCGGAUUAAAAAAUUGGGCCGGUGGCUCUGGCGCCUGUCUCGCGAAUGCUGCCUCUCGCGCUUUGUGCCCUUCCGCAACGGCACCACAUCCCUUGCCCUGGGGAAGCGCCGAAUUCAUCGGUCUCGGGUUUUUGGUGUUUGUGUCUAUCAUCCUAUGUGAACGCUUUGGAUCCCCCAUUAUGCGAACCUGCUCAGUCGCCGUGGGUCUACUUGUUGGCUGCAUUGUCGCAGCUGCAUGUGGAUAUUUCGAUCCGUCAUCCAUCCAGCAAGCACCCGUCGCAUCAUUUGUCUGGGUCAAGACCUUCCCUCUCUCGAUCUACGCACCCCUGAUCUUACCCUUCUUGGCACUCUAUAUCGUGCUGAUGAUGGAAGCCAUUGGCGACAUAACAGCCACCUGCGACGUAUCCCGUCUCGACAUCGAGGGUGAACUCUUCGACUCCCGAAUCCGCGGUGGUGUCCUCGCCGACGGCCUGAACGGUCUACUCGCUGGUCUCUUCACAAUCACACCCGUGUCCACCUUUGCUCAAAACAACGGCGUUAUCGCUUUGACUCGCUGUGCAAACCGCAAAGCCGGUUAUUGGUGCUGUUUCUUCUUGAUUGUGAUGGGCAUAUUUUCCAAGUUUGCUGCCGCGCUUGUGGCUAUCCCCUCGUCCGUGUUGGGUGGUAUGACGACAUUCUUGUUCUCGUCCGUCGCCAUCUCCGGUAUUCGCAUUAUUGCCGCCACACCUUUCACCCGCCGUAAUAGGUUCAUUUUGACCGCUGCGUUUGCGGUUGGUAUGGGCGCUACCCUUGUGCCGACUUGGUUCUCAUAUGUGUUUACCUACUCCGGCAACAAUAAGGGAUUGAGAGGUCUCAUUGAUGCAAUCGAGUUGGUCAUGACGACCGGAUUCGUGGUUACGGGUCUGCUGGCGUUGGUUUUGAAUUUAUUGUUGCCUGAGGAAGACGACGACGAAGAUGAUGAUGCCCGUCUGUUGGAUGGUGAUGCUACUACUACCAGUGAAGAACACAGCAAGUUGGCUGCGGCUUCGGAGAGUGCGGCUCCUGCAUCGAGUGAGAAUGGGGAGGGCAAGUCAGUGAAGCUUUCUUGA